AUGGCUAAUAAUAGUGGUGAUGCUACACUCUUUGAGGAAAGCUUUACGGUGACUGAUUUCGAUCAGUCAAAGUACGACCGUGUUGCUCGUAUCUCUUGUACUUCGGCUGAUUCACAAACAAUCAUGCUUCUUGAUAUUAAUACUGAACUAUUCCCCUGUGCGGUUUCCGAUCCCUUACACGUUGUAUUGUCAACAACAUUAUCACCAGAUGGAAGUAAAGAGGAUGACAAGGGUUGGAGAGAUAUUGGAAAAGGUGCAGAUGCACCUGCAACAUUGGCCGACCUAUACGACUAUGUCUGUUACGGCAAGAUUUAUAAGUUUGAAGAAACUUACGAUGGAAAUACUAUCAAUGCAUACAUCUCGUUUGGGGGUCUCCUUAUGUCUCUACAAGGUCCGAUUAAGAAGCUCACACCAUUGCGAGUCGAUAAUUGUUAUCUUUUAAUAAAGAAGUGA